UAAUACUUUGUAAUAAUAUAUAAAAUGUCUAAGGAUAAUUGACUUUUGCAUCUGAUUUAAUCCUAUUUAAUCCAGUUCAAUAAGAUCACCUAGAGGAUAACCAUUAUAAAGAUCCAAAGCUUGCAUCACAAUUAACUAUAUUAAUGAAGAAGCGUAUUACGUCUUACCUAGAUAAAUAUGGCCAUUUAGAUUAUAUUGUACAAAUAAUACUUUAAAGGAUAAGAAAGCCAUAAUUUGAGAAGAAAAACAGAAAAAAAUUAGUCAUACUUAAGAGUAAAAACAAAGCAUUACUACAGUGUUUUUAGAGUAAGUUUAAAUAUAUAAUAUUAGCAUCCUGAUAGAGACUGAGCAGAGAAAUUGUAUGCAGAAGAGAUCAAAAAAAAGGAGAGUUGCAUCACAAUAGGCAGAUUUAGUUACAAUUAUACAGUAGUUGUAAAAUUAACUCUAUUACAAUUUGUAGAUUUCAUUUAGGAUCCGGCUUAAAAUUAGAAAUUAAAUGUGGAUUUAGAUGAAAUCUAACAUUUUAUUAGUCAGCAUAUGAUCAGUAAAUUCAUGAACAAUAAAUAGUUUUAAGGGCUAGUUUGGAAUAUGUUCCAAUUUUGGAAGGAAACUCCAAUGUUUUACUAAUACAACGUUUAAGUAGAUAUUCUAAUAUAUACCGGCUAUAUAUGUAAGCUAAUUGGGAUAAGAAUUGCGAUAUUGAUAUUGAUGGAUUAAGUUAUCAUAAUUUAGAUGAAUAUUUCCCAACCAAUAAUUUUUUGGAUCAUAUGAUAGUGAUUUGCAUUUUUGAUUUUAUAUAUGAUAAAUCUUUAAUUAUAAUUGAUUAUAAUUAUUAUUCUAAUAAUUAUAAUUAUAUUAUUAUAUUUUCUUGA